AUGAAAGAACGCAUGGCCGUCACACGCCGGCCCACUCGGGGUAUGACCCGAAAGCCCGGCGUCUUAUCGACCUUCCCACUGGACAAUCUAGUAACCGAAGUACAUCGGUUAUUAGGCCCGACGUGGGCCUUGCCUCCUUACAAUAACAUCUUACCAUCCUACCUGCGCGAACCUUCUUCACGGCUGACUAAAGAAGAUUUGGACUUCUUGGUGCUAAAGGGUGCUUUGGAUAUUCCGGACCCGGGGUUUGCAAGGGAGAUUUUGAAGGGAUAUAUUCGGCAUAUUCAUCCACAUAUUCCGUUUUUGAAUUUGGAGCUCUUUUCGAGGGCGAUUUUUGAUGAUCAACAUGACUCUCAAGGUUCGAUUAGCUUGUUAUUGUACCAGGCUGUUAUGUUUGCGGGGGCGAUCUUUGUGGACUUGAAGUUUCUUUAUGCUGCUGGUUUUCUGUCGCGGCGACAUGCAUUGGAGACGCUCUUUCAACGCGUACGGGCACUCUACGACUUUGACGUCGAAGACGACAAUCUCAUCGUCAUACAAAGCCUGCUACUCAUGACAUAUUGGUACGAGGAUCCCGACAGACACAAAGAUGGCCGUCAUUGGAUUUCCGUGUGUAUUUCCCUCGCAUGCAAAACCGGUCUUCAUCUCGACCAUACCGAAGAGCCAAAACCAGACCAUAAACUUCGAAACAUGCUCUGGUGGAGCGUCUUCACCCGCGAUCGACUAAUAGCCCUGGGCCUCCAACAACCACCAGUAAUCAAAGACGAAGUCCAUUCACCAAUACCCAUGCUCACACUAGAAAACUUGGACAUCACCACUCAGAAAUACGCCAAAGCCUGUUAUGGCAUCAACGAGCGAAACCUUGCCCGCAUCUUCCUUGAAAAAGUCAAACUUUGCCGAUGCGUCAAAGACGACCUCUACUCAUGGGACUGCCAACCAAUCCACCACAACAUACCCACCAUCGCCCCAAAACCCCGCCAAACAAGUCUCUGGCUAUCCAAACUCGAACUAGACGACUGGCUCCAAGAUCUCCCUGAAACCAUAUCUUUCCGUCCAAAACCAUUCCUCCCAGCGCACAACGCAGACCUGAUAUUCCACUCGCACUGCGCAUGGCUGAAAAUGGUUUAUCUGGAAAUAUACUCCACAAUCCACCGCCAACUAGACUUUCUUUCUGAAAAGUAUAGCCCCAGUCAACCACUUUCACUAGACGGUCCCGAAUGCCCCAUUCUCCGCGCCGCCGUCGAAAUCACCCUCAUCCUGCAAGAUCUCUACCAAAAACAGCUCAUCUACUACCUACCCACAACGAGCGUGGCAAUGAUCCUGCGAGCGGGUAUUAUCCACAUCCAAGAGAUGUUCUCGGGGGAUCCGCACGUUGGGGCGGCCAGUUUCCGCAGAUUGUCGCAGUGUAUCCUCGCACUCCAACAAUUGGGGCGGAGGUAUGGCUCGGCAUUCUUUUUGGCGACGUUGUUGGGUGCGCCCAAGGGUUCUUCAGUCAUAACUUGUUCUCCAGACGAGAUUUUGGCGCAUGUGGAUAUCGAGUCUUUGGAUAAACUGACAGUGAGUUAUGCUGAGUCUUCGGUUUCCACCAUUUUGAAGAUCCGGGAGCCGUAUGAUCGGGAUAUUAUAUCGGGAUUGAAGUCGCGGAAGGUGGAGAGGGCUGGUGGUGACUGUGGGCAGAACGGAUCUGGGACGGGGUCUAGUUUGAAAUGUGAUUCUUCCCCGGAUGAUCCUUUUGAGAUUCGGGAUCUGGACUUUGCGGACUACAGUCUGAAAUAG